GUGGCCUGUGAACACCAAUCUGUCUGACUGAGUUGUCCGGAUUAUUUCGUUUUGACUUCUUCGGAAUCUUACAAGGGAUGGUUCCGAGUAGCCGAUUUUUCAGAGCUCAUUUUGUUAUUAGUGUCUUGCUGCUGUUUGGAAUUAGCAUCACCAAUGGGACUGAUGUUGAUAUUUCCUGCUUGAAAAGCAUACAAAAUUCACUUGAAGAUCCUAAUGGUUAUUUAAAGUCUUCCUGGAAUUUCAAUAAUAAAUCAGAAGGCUAUAUCUGUCACUUUACUGGGGUUGAGUGUUGGCAUGACGAUGAGAACAGAGUCUUAAACCUCAAGCUGUCAAAUAUGGGACUCAAGGGUCAAUUUCCUCGUGCCAUAAAAAAUUGCUCAAGCUUAACUGGAUUGGAUCUUUCAAUCAAUGAUCUUUCUGGAACCAUUCCAGCAGAUAUUGAUAAGCUUCUUGGCUUUGUAGUAACCCUGGACCUCUCAUCAAAUGACUUUUCAGGAGCGAUCCCUGUGAGCCUUUCAAAUUGUUCCUAUCUUAAUACCCUUAAACUCGAUCAAAAUCAAUUAACUGGUCAAAUUCCUCCAAAACUUGCCCAGCUUCGACGGAUUAAGACUUUUUCUGUCUCAAAUAAUCUUUUGACAGGGCCUGUUCCAUCUUUUGAAAGCAAAGAUAGUAUAACAGCAGAUAGCUAUUCAAAUAAUUCAGGACUUUGUGGGGGUCCCUUAGGGCCAUGCCAGGGUAAGAAGGCUAACACUGCAGUUAUUGCUGGUGCUGCCGUUGGUGGGGUAACUGUUGCAGCGCUAGCAUUGGGUAUUGGGGCAUUCUUCUUUGUCCGCCGAGUCUCUGUGAAGAAGGAAGAGGAUCCUGAGGGAAAUAAAUGGGCAAGAAGUCUAAAGGGAACGAAAGGAAUAAAGGUUUCUAUGUUUGAAAAGUCAGUUUCAAAAAUGAGAUUGAGUGAUCUCAUGAAGGCAACGAACAACUUCAGUAAAAGCAAUAUCAUUGGUUCAGCAAGAACAGGGACCAUGUACAAAGCUGUCCUUCAUGAUGGGAGCUCAGUGCUCAUGGUUAAAAGGUUGCAGGAAUCUCAGUACUCAGAAAAGGAAUUUGCGUCUGAGAUGGCCACGCUGGGGACUGUUAGACAUCGUAACUUGGUUUCCCUUUUAGGUUUUUGUGUGGCCAAACAGGAGAGGCUUUUGGUGUAUAAAUAUAUGGAAAAUGGAAGCCUUCAUGAUCAGCUACAUCUUGAUACUGAUCGGAGCACCAUGCAGUGGUCUAUAAGGCUAAAAAUUGCAAUUGGAGCAGCCAAAGGAUUAGCAUGGCUUCAUCACAGCUGCAAUCCUCGUAUUAUCCACCGAAACAUAAGCUCUAAGUGCAUCUUGUUGGAUGCAGAUUUUGAGCCAAAAAUUUCUGAUUUUGGCCUUGCUCGAUUGAUGAAUCCAAUUGACACACAUCUGAGUACUUUUGUAAAUGGGGAGUUUGGAGACCUCGGUUAUGUUGCUCCUGAAUAUACAAGAACGCUGGUGGCUACACCGAAGGGGGAUGUCUAUAGCUUUGGUACUGUGCUUCUAGAGUUGGUGACAGGUGAGAGGCCUACCCAUGUGGCGAAAGCUCCUGAAAGUUUCAAGGGAAAUUUGUCAGAGUGGAUUUCAAAUCUCUCAAGCAAAUCUGAACUCCAGGAUGCUAUUGAUGAAUCACUUCUUGGGAAGGGUGUUGAUGGGGAGAUUUUCCAAUUUCUCAAGGUUGCAUGCAACUGUGUUUCACCAAAUCCAAAGGAAAGACCCACUAUGUUUGAAGUGUACCAGCUUCUUAGAGCAAUUGGGAGCAGAUACCAUUUCACAGCUGAUGAUGAGAUACUGUUACCCACAGAUCCUGGCGAUGCUGCCAAUUUCGAGGAACUUAUUGUCGCACGGGAAGAAAAUAGUUGAAACGGUAAGCCAUAUAUGUACAUAAUAAGGGUAUGUGUAAUCAAUUUAAUACGUAAUUGUCUCUUUCUUUGCACUCUUAAUAAAAUGUUAAUGCAAUAGACAAUUUAGAUGAUCUAGAUCUAGCUCUGGGCUCUCAUUGUUGAAACACCAAUAUAAUAUAAUCACGCACGGACUCUCAAUGUAUAUGGGUGAGGUAUGUAUCGAUAUUAUGGUAGAAUUCUCUGGUCCACAGUGCAGAUAUUUUCCUUGACUA